AUGUUGUCGACUGGUUGGAUAAGAACAUCGACGAAGGAUUGCAGGCAAGUUGCGCGGAUUGGAGCGCAAGUGCCAGCAGUAAACCUUCUCAGAGUUCGCAGUCUUGCCGCAGACCGCCACCGCCUCAAUCUGAAGAGUGGCACGAAACCGCCUCUUCGGAGCAGGCUUGUGUCCCAGGUUCCACAUGGUUCGGUGAUGUUCGGGGAUGGUGAGUACAACGAGGCAUCUCAAAGCCAAGCGGAGUCUCUGCUGCUGGUCUUGAACGGUCUCUUGAAGGACAUGAAGUCUUGGAAGAGUGAGGCCAGUGAGAUGGCGAGACUUCGAGUUGCCGAUUACGGUUGCUCGCACGGGAAGAACUCGUUGCCGAUCGUCUCUGCAUUGAUUGCAGCAGGCGAGAAAACCCGCAUAGAUUUUUUUUUCACAGACCUCCCUCAGAAUGAUUGGGAUUCGGCAAAGCGGGUGCUGCAAUCCCUCGGGCACGUUGAACCAGCUGACAAAGCCAGCUUCCACUCCCCGGCUCUCCUACAGCCCUUCGUGGACGAGGCUGGAAGCCCCCAUUCGGUGCGCAUGUUCAUGUGCGGGCGCAGCUUCUACGAGCAAGUGAUCCCAUCGAACUCCGUCAACCUCGGAUAUUCAGGUACUGCAAUGCAUUGGAUUUCCCAUGCACCCAAAGGCUCAGGCUUCUUUAACGGGGGCGAUCUUUUUUUUCGCAAGCUGGAGCGGAGCAAUCCCAUGCGCCUGGAGUGGGAGAAUCUUGCAGCCAAGGACUGGGAGAGCAAUCUGAGAUCUCGCAGUAAGGAGCUUGUCUCGGGUGGUUCUUUGCAUCUUGUGGUUCCCGUUUUUGAUGCUGAAUCAUGCCCAAGCUCCACGUAUCAAAAGCUUUCCGACGUGAUGAUGGAGACCCUGCAAACCCUUCUGCGUCGUGGUGAGAUCUCGCAGCAAGAGGCUGAUGCGUUUGUAAUGCCAGUCUUCCAGCGGUCGCGCGAAGAUUUCGAGGCUCCGUUCCAAGGAGGAGCAUUCGAGGGGCUUGUGCUGGAGAGUUUCUCGACACAUGUUCUCCCGUGUCCUUACUGGCAAACAUCCAGGCACGACCCCGAAAGGUUUGCAGACUCCUAUGUUCGCAGCGUGAGAGCGUGGAGCUACAACAGCUGGAUCUCCAAACUGGCCGCCAUCAGCCAUCAGGCAGACACCAUCGUCGAAAAGCUUUACAGGGCCAUCAACGAGGGCAUCAUGAAAAAUCCUGAAGAUUUUCGCAUGGACUACGUGCAGGCGUACAUGACGAUCCGCAAGCUGUAA